ACGUGUGUCUGAAAUUGUGUGUGCGUCUCAGAGAGAGAGAGAAUUUGCUGAUAGCUUUUUCUUCCAAUUGUAACUGGUAAGAUUGUAGCUGUUGCUAUGGCGACAGUUGCCACAGGUGGGGGACUAGGAGGAGUGAAGCUCCACACUCUUAACCACAAACCAGUAUCUUCAUUUCUGGGUAAGAAGCUCGAGCUCAAAACCUUACCAAAAUCAAUACCAUAUAGAAAAAUUCCCAGUUCAAAGUCCAAAUCACUUGUAGUUUCGGCUUCUGGAGUCGAAUGGACCCAUUUUGUUCAUGAUCUUUUUGUGGGUGUUGGGGUUGGACUUCCAUGUACAGUUAUGGAGUGUGGGGAUAUAAUAUACAGAAGCACACUGCCCAAAUCAAAUGGUCUCACAGUCACUGUUCCCGGAACGAUUUUAGCUUUGGGUACUCUGUCUUACCUCUGGGCUACCCCUGGUGUGGCUCCUGGCUUCUUUGAUAUGUUUGUUCUUGCUUUUGUUGAGAGAUUUUUCAGACCCACUUACAGGAAGAAUGAUUUUGUAUUGGGGAAGAAGUUGGGGGAGGGAGCUUUUGGAGUGGUUUACAGAGCUUCCUUGGCUAAGAAGCCCUCUAAGGAAGGUGAUUUAGUCUUGAAAAAGGCUACUGAAUAUGGUGCAGUGGAGAUUUGGAUGAAUGAACGCGCGCGAAGGGCUUGUGCAAGUUGCUGUGCUGACUUUGUGUACGGCUUUCUUGAGAGUUCUUCAAAGAAAGCAGGCGAAUAUUGGCUCAUAUGGCGGUUUGAAGGGGAAGCAACACUGGCAGAUUUGUUUCAGAGUAGAGAGUUUCCCUACAAUGUUGAAGCAAUUAUUCUUGGAGAGGUCCAGGACUUGCCGAAGGGGUUGGAAAGGGAAAAUAGAAUCAUUCAGACAAUCAUGAGACAACUCCUAUUUGCAUUGGAUGGUCUUCAUUCAACGGGGAUUGUCCAUAGAGAUAUUAAACCACAAAAUGUUAUUUUUUCUGAAGGUACUCGUAUAUUCAAGAUCAUUGAUCUUGGAGCUGCAACAGAUUUGCGAGUGGGCAUCAAUUACAUUCCAAAAGAGUUUCUAUUAGAUCCAAGAUAUGCUGCACCUGAGCAAUACAUUAUGAGCACACAAACUCCCUCUGCACCCUCAGCUCCUGUGGCAGCAGCACUUUCCCCAGUUCUGUGGCAGUUGAAUCUACCAGAUCGAUUUGAUAUCUACAGCACAGGUCUCAUAUUCCUACAAAUGGCGUUCCCAGGACUACGCACAGACAGUAAUCUCAUACAAUUCAACCGUCAGCUAAAGAGAUGUGAGUAUGAUUUGGUUGCGUGGAGGAAGACAGUAGAGCCUCGUGCCAGCCCUGAACUCCGUAGGGGUUUUGAGUUGCUAGAUUUAGAUGGUGGAAUCGGAUGGGAACUUCUAACGUCAAUGAUUCGGUUUAAAGCACGACAAAGAGUCAGUGCAAAAGCAGCUCUGGCCCAUCCCUACUUCGAUCGAGAAGGUCUGUUGGCUCUGUCCAUCAUGCAGAACCUAAGGCUGCAAUUCUUCCGAGCUACACAACAGGAUUAUGGGGAAGCUGCUAAAUGGAUUACUCAGCUAAUGGCAAAGUCAGGAACAAAGAAGGAUGGUGGCUUCACUGAAGCACAGCUUCAGGAGCUCAGAGAAAUCGUACCCAAGAAGAAGGCUAGUGCACCGAGGAAUGCUCUGGCAUCAGCCCUUCGCCUUCGGAGGAAGAUUAUACGGACGAUAAAUGAGAGUGUGGAUGAGCUUAAUCAACGCAGGAAGAGCUUAUGGUGGAGCAGGUGGAUCCCCAGAGAGGAAUGAAGUGCUUUUGUUUUUGUAAAUAUACACAAUUAAGUUAUACUUUUGUGUAAAUUUUGUGCAGCCAUCAAUACUAAAUAAACUGAUGGAAUGAAAUGAUGUUUAGUAGGGAGAAGCAUUAGGCUGUAUCUGAGAGAGAUGUACUUGGAAUGUUUCACACACACUUUAGAGGAAACUGAAGUGUAUGAAUACACAUAUAUAUAUAUUCUUGCCAGCACCAUCACCAC